CGUGGCGUGCAGGAGCGCACCUUUUUGGCUGUAAAGCCCGACGGGGUGCAGCGGCGGUUGGUGGGAGAGAUAGUGCGGCGCUUCGAGGGGAUGGGCUUGAAGCUGGUGGCACUGAAGCUGGUGCAGGUCUCCGAGGAACUGCUGCGGGAGCACUACGCGGACCUGCGCACACACCCCUUCUACGAUUGCCUGGUCAGAUACAUGGGCUCUGGGCCCGUGGUGGCCAUGGUAUGGCAAGGGCUGGACGUUGUGCGCGUCUCAAAAGUCCUUAUUGGGGCCACGGACCCACUGGAUGCCGAGCCUGGCACCAUCCGAGGGGAUUUCUGUGUAGAGGUUGGCAAGAACUUGAUCCAUGGCAGCGACUCAGUAGAGAGUGCCCGCCGCGAGAUCGCACUCUGGUUUCGCGUGGAGGAGAUCUUGUGCUGGGAGGACAGCGCCUCACACUGGUUGUAGGAGUAGGAGCAGCUGGCCUGGUGGGAGACCACUACCACUGUCCCCUAAGCAGUGGGUGCAGGCCACCUGGGACAACCAGCUACUUU